CCCGAACUGACGGCAAACCUUGACCUAAGGGUCCUCGCCCGCCAGGAAAAGACGCUAUACCACCGUUUAAGGUCAUGGCGCCUGCGCAAAGUGAUAUGGGCUUGAAUGAGUUGCGCCCCGUGGAAUCCAGCCAGCCGGAAGGUUUGACAGUCGGGCCUUCAGACAGGUUGUCUCGAAGCACUCAUGAGGAAGGAGCCUCCCAGGCAGGGCAGGCUUACAGGAUAAAUAAUCUAGGGCUGUGGUCUCUGGGAGCCCAGCACUUGUCCAGUACAUGGGGAGACCGCGCGGCUGAAUUCGCCUUCUAUCUCUAUCUAAUUGAGAUAUUCAAGACUACUUUGGUCCCCGCUUCAUUAUUUGGUUUCUUCACGACAGGCAUCUGCAUCUUGACCUCAGGGUGGAUCGGCUCUCUCGUAGAUCGGCUACCGAAACUGGUCUUCGUCCGGUGGACCAUUGCGCUGCAGAAGAUAUCUGCGACAGCCGCCUAUGCCUGCUUUCUUACCCUUUUUCUUACCGAUCUAGGUGACUCCGCUGUCCAAGGGAUACAUGUUCCGACCUUGACUUGGGUCCUGUUCGCCAUAAUCACCUUGCUUGGUUGCGUUUUAAAGGUGUCGACUGUUGGCAUUUCUGUCGCGAUCGAGCGCGAUUGGGCUACUUGUAUCGCAGAGGGACAUGACAGCAGGCUAACUACGGUGAACACUGUGCUGAGACGUAUCGACUUGAUCUGCAAACUUGUGGCGCCACUCUUUGUUUCAUUACUGACGGCUGCCGCUAGCUAUGCAUUUUCUGCAGCCUUUUUGCUUGGUUUUGGCCUUGUCACCACUGUCUUCGAGUUGAUUUGGAUACAAAUCGUGUACCGCUGGUUCCCUGUGCUGGAGAGAGAGCAACAACGGAAGGAUGCUGGACGGCGGGAUGCUGAGCAGACUUCAUCAGGUUCCUCACGGAGGAGUGGCUCCUCGCAAGGGCCCUACAGAAAGCCGCUUACGUGGAGUCGUGCCACACGAUGGUUUAUUGCUCAAGCGUCCGACUGGAAUGAAUUCACACGACACCCCGUUUUCGGGAGCUCGCUCUCAAUAUCACUGCUCUAUCUUACCGUAUUGUCGUUCGACGGCACACUGCUGUCGUGGCUAAAGACACAUGACUUCUCCGAUCCGUUCGUUGCUGGGAUGCGCAGUAUUUGUGUGCUCGCGGGUCUAUUUGGCACUUUCCUCGCACCAUUCUUAGAGAAAAAAGUGGGUCUUGUCCGCGCAGGCAAUUGGGCAUUAUGGAGCCAAGUUGUGGCACUGGUCCCGGUGCUGUUGAGUUUCUACGUGGGAGCUCCUCGCGAUGGCACACGUAGCUCCAAUUGGAAUGCAGCCAUGCUCUUCGGAGGCCUCGCCCUGUCGAGGAUUGGCCUCUGGGCCUUUGACCUGUGUCAACUCAAGGAGCUGCAAGUAUCCCUGGCUGACCAUCCCCGACGAAAUGCCCUGACUGGCUUGCAAUAUGCUCUUCAGAACAUAGCUGAUCUGAUGAAAUACGUCCUGACGUUGAUACUGUCGCGUCCCUCCCAAUUCCGCUGGGCUGCGCUGGUUUCAUUCAUAUCCGUCCUUGCUGGCGCGAUGAGCUACAUGGCGUUCGUACGGCGAAUGCGGGGUCAUAUCAUUCAUAAAGAAUGGCUGGAGGCAUUGCUCGGGAAGGCCAAGGCUGGCUAG